AGGUGUGUCUUGUAUAAUACCUCUCUACUGCCAGAGGACUCCACAUGCCUUUGAAAAGUGUAACUGAACCACAUAUAUAUAUAAAGGGAUUUCUAAUACAGAGUCAAUACUUUUUUUUUACUGCAGGUUAUGAACAGAAGUCUUCACCCCCUAUGCGGAACAGAAAACUUGCAUUCAGAAAGAAAUGGCCAUGCAUGCAGUGAAUUUGUAUUCCAUAAUACUGCUUCUUUUAGUUAACUUUUCACAAGCACAAGUAUUACAUGGCUAUGAAGACCAGUACAAUUUAACAGUAGGAAGUACCUCUGUAAAUCAUGAAUAUCAAAUCCAUGCCCCUUUGAGGCAAAAACGCGAAGCAACUUCUCUUCAGGAAUAUGUUAUCGAUAUUGAGGUGUUUGUCACUAUUCCUGAUGAAUCCUAUCUAGAUGGACUGAAACAAUUCUUGAAGAAAAUACCAUAUCCUCUUAAUGUUGAACAAAAUGUUAAUGUUACAGAUGGGGUCCUUACAACAACUUGCACUCAAAAUGGUGAAUACACACAGUGCGAGUGUGAAAAAGAUUAUGCCUGGUCUUCUACAAUCUGCAACAAAUACAGAUCUUGCUCAGGAGAAUAUGCUAUCACCUGUGAUUGCAUCCAAGUGGCUUCACCAGAUGGACUCUAUUGCCUGGCAAAAUCUUUUUUUGUUCUAAAAAUGAGUUUUUCGAUGGAUAAAGAAUUUGUACCUGCUCUAAAUAAUAUAUCAUCCCCGGAAUAUAACCAGUACAAAAGUGACAUUGAAGAGGCAAUAAUUCAGAGUUAUUCUGGAACUGUAAUGGGUAUUCAGACAGUAGCAGUCACAGGUUUCAGAAGCGGCAGUGUUAUUGUAGACUAUGAGAUAGCAACAACUGGGACAUUAUCAUCCUCCAUCUUGCAGGCAGGAAACAACAAAAUAACAUCAUCUCUUCUUGAGAAAGGCUAUAACGUUAACGCAGCAUCUUUUACCGGAUUUCAAGGGUUAUGUAAUAACUCGGACUACGGUGUUGGACAGGACCUUGACAUAAUUAAAACAGCAUGCCCAGCACAACAGAUUGGAAAUAUCAAUGUACAAUGCAAAAAUGGGGAAUGGUGUAUCAUAGAGAACACAUGUGUAUUAAAAGAAAUCAAUAACAUUCUGUCUAACGCUCAGAAUCUGACAAACAGCCCAGAACCAGUAACUGAGCUACCCAUCUUAAUUGAACAGCUAAAUAAUACUUCAACAGUGUUUAAAAACAAUAUAACUUCAUCAGCUGCAACCAUUUCCUCAGUGGUUGAUAUAUUGACAAUCUUUUCAAACACUGCUAAAAAUGUCACCAUUACUGAGGCUGAAUUGGGGGGAUUUAUUGGAACAGUGAACAAUAUAAUAGGAUCGGAAUCAAUAAAAUCCUGGGAUGCCUUAAAUAAUCAAAAUGCUGAUAGUACCAGCUCUCGUUUAUUGCAGUCAGUGGAACUUUUCGCUACGUCAUUCUCUACAAAUUCUUUUUUCAAACUAGAAACAAACAACAUUAAAUUGAAUGCGAUUAAAAUAACUAACAAUGACAUUGCAUACAAUGAGAGCUUUAAAUUUAAUAAUACAGUCCAUGGUAGUGUAUCUAUUCCUUCAUCAGAACUAAGCACUCUUCCUGUUAUCGUUAGCAUUGCUUACUUAAACAUUUCAGACAUCCUCCCACUCAGAAACAACACAACAAAAGGAAAAGUAAAUGGCAUUGUGUUGACGACAGUAGUGAAUAGCGUAAUUAAAAAGGUUUCCUUGGACUUUGAAAUGAAAAACACUUUUUUGGAUAAACCUGAGUGUGUCUUUUGGAACUUCACUCUCUUCAACAACACAGGAUCAUGGGAUACGUCUGGCUGUACAUCAGUGAUAUUGGGAAACAACGUUCGCUGUCAAUGUGAACACUUGACUUCCUUCUCAAUCUUAAUGUCACCCAAAGACCCGUGUAAAAUAUGUACUUACAUUACUUAUAUCGGAUUGGGCAUCUCCAUAGGAAGCUUAGUCUUGUGCCUCCUUAUUGAAGCAAUUGUAUGGCACAGUGUGAACAAAAAUAAAACCUCUUACAUUCGACACGUUUCAAUUGUGAACCUCGCUUUAUCUUUGUUGAUCGCUGAUAUAUGGUUCAUCAUAGGGGCUGCGAUUAAUGCAAACACAGCAGCCUGCAGUGCAGCCACUUUUUUUACUCACUUUUUCUACCUGGCCUUAUUCUUCUGGAUGUUAACUUUAGCUAUUCUGCUUUUCUUCCGAGUAAUCCUGGUCUUCAAAGACCUAGGCAAGUCACAAAUGCUGGCAAUUGCAUUCUGCCUUGGCUAUGGCUGCCCACUUAUUAUUGCUGUUAUCUCGGUAGCUGUUACUGCCCCUAAGAGUAAUUACACAAGAACAGAUGCAUGUUGGCUCAACUGGGAUAACACCAUGGUCCUUCUUGCUUUUGUUAUACCUGCCCUGGUCAUAAUUACCAUCAAUUUGAUCAUACUGAUUGUGGUAAUUGUCAAGAUGCUAAGAAGAACUAUUGGAGACAUGUCUAGGGCUGAAGAAACAAGCACCUUAAAAGUAGUUGCUAGAUGCAUCGCCAUCUUAACACCAUUUCUUGGUCUUACCUGGGGAUUUGGAAUUGGAACAUUGCUUGCACCUGACAACGAGGGAAUCCAUGUUGUGUUCACAGUGCUCAAUGCAUUUCAGGGAUUCUUUGUUCUAGUCUUUGGAACCCUAUUGGACAGUAAGAUACGAGAUGCACUGCUGAAGAAAUUUUCGAUAUCAAAAUACAGCUCUCAACAAACAAGUACAACUGGUGGUAUUUCGAGUGAUAGAUAUAAUAUCUUUGGCAAAAAAAAAAUCCACAGACUGCAUGAAGUCACAAACUCAAGUGAUUCUCCAUUAAAUAUUGGAUUCUAUUCUAAGUUAAAUCAAAAUUAAUAAACAUAUUAAUUGAGCAAUAGCUCUAAACUGUAAAGACACUGAAAUAUCUUUGCACAUAUCUCUUGAUGUACAGUAUAUUAUAAUUCUGGCUUCUGUUUUUUUAAAAUAUAAAUUUCACAUUUCAGUGCCUAUUAAUGCAAAUCUGUAUAUUUGUCAAGUUAUGCAACUUUGAGUACUUUCAAUAAAUACUGUGCAUACUUUAGUGCUAACUUAUGGGCUAUGCAUUAACUAGAGCUUUACAUUUUAACUAUAAUGUUACUUUGAACUACUGUACAAAAACUUGUUCUUUUAAUAAAAAGAAAAACAACAAUUAUUCUUUUUUGCUUUAUUGACCACAAACAAUAUGGUCAUGAAGCAAAUAAACACAGGAACAGAACUUAUAUAUUUUGAAUUCCAACACUGCAGAUGAAAAGAUGAAAAGACCUGCAUGCACAUGGUAUAUAUUUAUAAAGCAAUUAUGGUAGAACUUUGGAUUACAGUGCACAAAUAACUAUGUAAUUACUGUGUAAUUUUAUGGUAAUAAUCCAGUUUUACUGGGUAAAUGCCAAUUGUUUUCCGUUCUUUCAUUGUAACUACUGUUGGAAUAGGCUGGAAUACUGUAACUGAAUAACUCAUUUAUUUGCUGCCUGUUUCUCAUUGCAAUCAGUAACUGCAUUAAUGAGAAAACCACUUUAAGACGACAGGCAACAGCACAGCACCUUAUCACUGAGAAAUAGGAGUAUAUCCAUUUAGGUAACAGUAAAUUGUUAAAACUGUAAUUAUAGAAGGACACAAGACCAUUUCCAUUGAACUAUCUACUUAUUCCAACAGUAGUUACAAUGAAAGAACGGAAGACAAUUGGUAUUUACCCAGUAAAACUGGAUUAUUACCAUAAAAUUACAGGGUAAUUUUACAGGGUAAGGUGUUUAUUGCGAACCGAUGCAAUACAAUGCGUACUUCAAGCAAAGUACCGUCUUCUUUCAUUGGAACUUCAGAUCCAGAGAGCUGCCGUGUUCAUCAACACAGAUUGACCUCUUUGUUGAAAAUCGAUAAGUAUUCAGCACAUUAAAUACUUUAUGACUCGAGAAAUUAACUGUAGCAAAUGCUAUCAAGUUAGUGGAUAAACUGUUCUAGGAAUAGAAUAUUACUUCUUGUUUUAGAGUGUGUAAGAAAUGUAUUUUGUUUGUUGAAAUGUGCAACUCAAAGGAGUUGCCUCGUAAAUGCAGAGAAUUUGAUCAUUGCCCCAUUUCUCAGUUAAUUUGAAUAUAUAAUCAACUAAGGUUGAUAACAUAUUAAUAGUUUGGUACAUCAUGUCUAAACUAAAUUAACACAGUAAAACUAAUUUGCUAAAUUAGGUACUGGAAUGUUGGAUUCCGUUCUGAAUGGGAAGUUGAAUUAAUUCUCGUGCAUAUUGAUAUGAAUUACAACGAGAAACGCGUAUUGAAAAUACUAAUGCAAAGUAUACUAAGGCUGUAUGCUAAUGAUGUUAUGGUCGUUGUAAUCGUUUGACUAUGUAAACAAUAAUAUUAUUCAAGCAUAUCUCUAACCAGUAGCUUUUUCUUUCUGCAAUAUUAGAUUAGUUGUGCACCCUUUUUUAUUCUUCAAUAAACUAUUGUUUUAUAUUUCUGA